CGCGGUCAGGCUGUGCGCGAGCUCGGUGCCGACAUGGCCAAGUUUGGCCUCAGCGGCAUCUUCCGCGGCCAGGGCAUCGGCAUCUUCAAGGGCAUCAUAUCGCUGACGCUCUUCCACGAGGGCCGCCUCUUCCUCACGCGCCAGUUCAAGGCGUACAACGUCCGCACGGGAAAGAUCCCGGCCACCGCCACCGCCUGAGCUGCGCACCGCGGAGCAUGCCACGCGGCCCUUGAGGGCUGGGUAAGGCAUGCCAUGUCACAUGCACAUGAUCGGUCGUCUCUUCUGUGAUGGUGGGUGGGCCUUAGUGGGCGGGAGUCUGUUGGGCAGGGCAGGGCGGGGGGUAGGGGCGGGGGCUGUCCGUGACACGACGCCGCGCCGUAAUUUAUCGGGCGGGCGGGCGGGCUGCGUGCAAUGCGUCCCGGACUGAGGUGGCGCUGCAAGCGUCUGUGUACCGUGGACCAAAUAGUCGGGGACGGUGGCGACGCCCCGAUCUUUGUUUGCGGGCCGUGUACUUCUACUUCAAACUAACGUGAAAACUCGUCGUCUGCAAAAAA